GAUUAACGGAUGUCUUGUUCUUUUGGUACAGUGCUUUUCCCGUGUUUUGACAUGGCCGAGCCACGCAGCCCGGUGUCCGCUUCUGUACCCCACAAGCUGAUGGUGCUGCCCACCCCAGAGGGCUCAACGCUUGAGAUGGACCCGCUGGAGUAUACCCUCCGCAAGCGUCUGCCGCGCAAACUGCCCAAACGACGGAACGACGUCUACGUCAACAUGAAAACAGACUUAAAGGCCCAGCUGGCGAGGUGUCAGAAACUUCUGGACGCUCAUAGGGAAAUCUGCAUCCACGGUCUGGGGCUGGCCAUCAACCGGGCCAUUAACAUCGCCCUGCAGCUCCAGACGUCCAGCCAGGGUGCGCUGCAGCUGGCGGCCAACACAUCCACUGUAGAGCUCAUAGAUGAUCUGGAGCCCGAUGACCUGGAUGAGGCGGGGGAGCCGCUGACACGCACCCGUAAUAACUCCGCGAUACACAUCAGGGUGUUUCAUCCCAACGCAUAGAGCCAGUAUCAGUAUUAACACAACAAAUGGCAACUUCAAAGACUUCAUAAACAUUAAUGUAAUGUUCGUGGUGUGUGUGAGUGAGAGUGGGUUAAAGGUGAUGUCUGUUUUAUUUUGUAUGACUUCUGUUCUGGUUCAGCCUGAAGCUUAUUUAAUUAAUUGCUGUGGUGUUCUUGAAUGUUUCAUUUGAGAAAGAAUGCAGAAAGGAA